GCAGAGAUAAGACUACAAACAAUAUGAAAUCGUUACCAGCUGCCCGGCUGCUAUUGAAGUAAGUAUUGAAGGAAACGUUCGCACUGGCUUUAGAACAGAGAAACUACACCUGUACAAGGCGACGAUCGGCGCAUAAAGUUUCGGGAAUAAAUCAGUAGGAGAUAUUUAAGAAAUUAUUCAGUUUUCUUGUGGAAUAAUAUCUAAGCAAACGUGUACCUGUUUCAUACAUAUGAUUCGAAUGUGUUUUGUUAUUACACGAUAAGAAAAGGAGAAAAAAAAUGUUAUUUCAAAGAUGGGACUAAGUAAUUAUUUUAAUUUCUGAAUAAAUUGUUUCGAUGUGAGAAGCUACUUUGAUGAUGAAAUGCAUUUGAAUGAGCUAUAUUUGAAGUAACUGCAGAUUAUAAAAUAGAUUUAUUUGGAGUAAAUUGAGUAAAACGUCGGUUAAAAGUGGGUGUGUGUGUUGUUGUUUUUUUCUAUUUCAUAACUGUAUCAAUUUUCAUAGAUGUGUAUCAAGUCAGUUCACGGUGAUCUUAAAACAUUUUAUAACAAACAUCGGAUGUGGUGUUUUGUAACAUUGUACAAGUUUAUUCAAGUGAUAAUUUGAAAUAUCAACUUAAUUUAUGUAAGACCACGAACAAUUUGUUUUUGGUUACUGUUCAGUCAUUGAAUAUAUGCAGUUGCCACUAAGUCAUGUAAAGACAAAGUGGUUAUGAAUUGUGCUGCAAUAAACUGAAAAGAAACAGUAAGACGGAAAGUUUUAUAGUGCAAAAUUCUGUCCGAGGAAAUACGUCUGGAAAAGAUAUGCUGAUUAUGAAUUAUGUGACAUAACACAUUACGCUUGGAAGUUACGUAGUGCAAAAUUCCCGGAAUGGUCUUGAAAAGAUUAAAAUAUCACAAUACAGGACUUAUUAAAUCGAUGUUUGGAUUUCAAUAAAAGGGUUUAAUUAUACAUACAUCGUGUUUAUAGGAAGGCGGCAUUCCUCAAAGAAAUAUGAAAACAAAUAACUGGGAAGUAUAGACGAUUUUCAAUGACGGGAAAGUAAACAUAUGUAUGCUUCAAACUCUUCCUACGCAAACGGUGUAUGACAAAUAAGUUUACAUAAAGUACAAAAGUUUUGCAGGAUAUUUGCAUUAAUUAGCAAGAAGAAGGAUUUGUUACCCAAGGUUUUGAACAAAUCUUGGCGGACACGAUAGUGUAGACUCAAACCACUGUGACCUUAAUAGAAAAUAAUCUACGCAGAUGAUCACAUUAUAUUAUAAUAUUCAAGUCAACUGUAAAUUGGAGCAACCUUUCCAUUGAUAACAUACUGGAAUAAAAUAGUUUACAAAAUCGUUUAAUGAGCAGUUUGAUGACAGCGAGAGUAAGUACCCGAAAUAUUAUAACCGUUUUUUGAUUGACGUGUCAUUGAACUGUAUUUAAUAUGUUAAAAGUUUGAUGACAUUGGAGAAAGUAAUCGGCAGUAUAUCAAAGCCAUCGACUAGUUAAUAGAAGUUACCCGCAUGACAUUUGCUAUUUUACCUAUUGAACGAAUUAAAAACAACUCUUUUUACUCGUGGAUUAUACCAGUCUGAAAUAUAUUACAGAAAACAGCAGCGAAACUGCUUGACUUCUUACUGAUAUAUCUGGAGUUGCACUUGCAGGAUUAGGAAAACAUACAUGAUUUAAUAACACAAAGUGGGGGAAACCUAUGUAGGAAGUAAUAAAUCUUCCCCGCAGAUUGAUGUUAAAGUUAGCAAACUUGUACAACGUUUAAAGUUGAAUGUGUGUUUUUAGCGUCUGGUUGCAAGCACAAAUUUACCCUAAGCGACAAAUUGCACAAUUCAGAAAUUAUAACAGGGAGUGACUGUUCAGUACUGAAAUAGAAUUCUUUUGUGUUUUGUGAUAAAAAAAUAAAAUGCAACAAACGUUUAACGCGCUUUAAAUAGAACGUGCGAGAUUAAGUAAUGAAUAAACAGAGAGGAUGACGGUAAUUAACAAUCGUAUUUUAUAUUUGUGUUGUUUGUUUCUCAUUACUUGGUAAAGCGGAGUUGUUUGUAGAAAGGAGAUGGUACAUGAAAAGCAAUGAAUGAACCGCUGCUAUUUAUAAAUUGAAUGGAGCAUUGAAGGACUUCUUCCCCGUAUAAUACGAUUUGAAAUUUUGCUUUCGUAGUCAUUGUUAGGUGUGAAAUUACAUUAACCUUCCAUUUAAAAAAAGACUUUUCAGCUGAUUAAUUGAUUGAAUAUUCAAAAGCGUCGUUUUGUCAUAAAAACGGUAUGAAUAAUUAUGACAUUUAUUAAACAUUUAUUGACAACCGGCGCCUUGCUGUGAAAAGAAUAUGAAAAAUAAAAUAAAAGAUCGUGUGGAAGCAAGUAGAAUUAUUUGAAAAGCAUGUUUUAUUACAAGAGAUUGGCCAAAACUGAUCCGAACUCAUUAAACAAAUUAAAUUGACAGUCAUUCUCCAAAAAUCAUUUAAAUCAAAAACUGCUCGUCAGCCGAUCUCUUUUCUAUCUACUGAAUAGUGUAUAUAUAUACUUGAAAAAUAAGUAAAUAAAUGUUUAAACAACGCUUCUAAGUCUUCAAUAGCGUGGAUACCCGCUUUCAAUACCAAUACAUAAGUAAGCGAAAUCGAUCAAAACUUCAAUACUUUUAUUGACAUAAGAACCCGCGGAUGGGAAAAUAUAUUUUUCAUCUUUCCGAAAUCUAUUUAUUGGUGAAUUUCAUUUAGAAGUUUUUACUAUUCAUAAAUGACAAAACGCUUUAAAUGGAAAAAAUUCGUGUAAAGGAAGCGGUUUAACUUUUAGUGGAUAAAUUUACUGCUUAAGCGGUCUUCGUAAGACCCAAUUUAUGGAAACACUAUUAUCAUAUUAAAUUUCAUAUGAACAAAAAUUGGAGAAUGUCUGGAAAGGAAAUAAGACGUUUAGUGAUUUAGUGAGAACUGGAAGAGAUAAUCAUGUUGACAAAUUAUACUGUAGUGGAUGGAGGCAGAAGAAGCACGUUAUCAGCGAUGUUCGUCAGUCCAACCAAAUCUUCACUGAUUACAACAAUAACUGCUUCAGCAAACUCGUCCACAAAUUCGUCAGAUUCAUCUGGAGAUGGUGUUGAGGAAAACGUCACAAAUAAAGUAGUGAUAGGAACGUUUCUGUGUUUAAUAAUAUUUCUGUCAUUAGCCGGAAAUAUUUUAGUGUGUAUUGCAGUAUUCACUGACCGCAGGUUGAAAAGGCUAAAUAAUAUGUUUAUAGUUUCACUGGCUGUAGCUGAUCUUUGGGUGUCGCUGAUGGUUAUGACGUUUGCAGUUGUAAAUGACAUAACAGGAAAAUGGAUGUUUGGUUCCGCAUAUUGCAACGUUUGGAUAUCUUCGGAUGUUAUGGGCUCUACGGCUUCUAUAUUGAAUCUGUGUGUUAUUUCCUUAGAUAGGUACAUUCAUAUUCGUGAUCCACUGAAAUACGCGCGAUGGAUGAACUGGAAGAAGGUGGCUAUCGCAAUAAGCCUUGUAUGGACGAUAUCAAUAAUCUUGUCGUUUAUACCUAUAAAUGUAGGGUGGCAUAAAAGUCCCGAAGAUUACGAUAAAGUUCUUCCACCAGAGCUAUGUUAUCUGGAGAUAAGCGGGACUUAUGCCGUCGUGUCAUCCUCAAUCAGUUUUUAUCUUCCAUGCAUUGUGAUGUUAGCAUUGUAUUGUAAAUUAUAUAUGUACGCACGUGAACAGGUGCGCAGUAUAAACAGUACUCUCGUGCAUAAUCACAUUGGAGAACAACGUGGUUCUGGACAAGCGUCUAGAUUAAGUGAUCAUAAAGCAGCUGUUACACUCGGAGUAAUAAUGGGUGUGUUUUUAAUAUGUUGGUUACCGUUCUUCAUUCUGAACUUGAUAGAAGCUUAUUGUAAGUGUGCUCCAAUCAUUCUGUUUCAAAUUCUCACGUGGCUAGGAUAUUUUAAUUCAUGUUUAAACCCAAUCAUCUAUAGCAUUUUUAACUCAGAAUUCCGCAAUGCCUUUAAAAAGAUUUUAUUCCCCAAAAAUUGUCGAUGUUUUAAUAGAGACGGAAGAAGCUUUCGUUAUGGAACUCCAAAGAAGACGAAGAAUGGCACAUCAGCGAACAGUGAAAUUAUAACGACUCGUCAAGAGAACGGGUCGAAAACUUCACACGAAUCAAAACACCCGCUAAUGGAGGAAAAGAUUACUGCUUUAUAAAGUAGCAAACAAAAAAUGAACGCCAUGUAAGCAGAAAAAUUGCUGGAUAAUUUAGGCCGGUAUUUCCAUGUGUACAAAGCUUGUGGACCGAGUCCGUAUUCGUGAAACGAUGCGAAUCCGACAAGUUUGUAGUGGGAGUAAUAAGGUUUAAAUUUAUUUUUUCUAAUACUGCAAUGAUACUGGUUACUGAAUUAUGAAUAUAUUCUUCAAUUUGUUAUGAUUAUUUGUCUUUAGGUUUGUAUGUCAAUAUUACAAAUACUUAUCUACUUAAAUUUAGAAAAAGCUUACAUACACACUUUUGUAAAAGAUAAACUAACGAUAAAUUCUUAGUUAGGAUUUCCUGUCCGUUCGUUUGUAGCAAUAAUACCUUUAAAUACCUGGGUGUAGUAUUGACAACUUAUUUGUCAUCACUUAUCUUUCGGUUAUUUGGUUCAAAUACCUGGUUGUAGUAUUGACUUUUUUGCCAUCACUUAUCUUUAGAUUGUACAGGAUUAGAUACCUUGGUAUAGUACUGACAGACUAUUUGACAUCACUUAUCUUUCGGUUAUUUGGUUCAAAUACCUGGGUGUAGUAUUGACUUCUUUGCCACCACUUUAUCUUUAGAUUGUACAGGUUUAGAUACCUUGGUAUAGUACUGGUAGACUCUUUGUCAUCACUUAUCUUUCGCGGAUUAUUUGGUUCAAAUACCUGGGUGUAGUAUUGACUUCUUUGCCACCACUUUAUCUUUAGAUUGUACAGGUUUAGAUACCUUGGUAUAGUACUGACAUAUUCUUUGCCAUCACUUAUCUUUCGAUUAUUUGGUUCAAAUACCUGGGUGUAGUAUUGACUUCUUUGCCACCACUUUAUCUUUAGAUUGUACAGGUUUAGUUACCUUGGUAUAGUACUGGUAGACUCUUUGUCAUCACUUAUCUUUCGCGGAUUAUUUGGUUCAAAUACCUGGGUGUAGUACUGACUUCUUUGUCAUCACUUAUCUUUAGAUUGUACAGGUUUAGAUACCUUGGUAUAGUACUGACAGACUCUUUGCCAUCACUUAUCUUUCGAUUAUUUGGUUCAAAUACCUGGGUGUAGUAUUGAUUUCUUUGCCAUCACUUAUCUUUAGAUUGUACAGGUUUAGAUACCUUGGUAUAGUACUGACAGACUCUUUAAAAUCACUUAUCUUUCGAUUAUUUGGUUCAAAUACCUGGGUGUAGUAUUGAUUUCUUUGCCAUCACUUAUCUUUAGAUUGUACAGGUUUAGAUACCUUGGUAUAGUUCUGACAGACUCUUUGCCACCACUUAUCUUUCGCGGAUUAUUUGGUUCAAAUAUCUGGGUGUAGUAUUGACUUCUUUGCCAUCACUUAUUUUUAGAUUGUACAGGUUCAGAUACCUUGGUAUAGUACUGACAGCCACGUUGUCAUCACUUAUAUGUAGGUUGUGCAAUUUCAGGUACUUUGGUAUAGUAGUGACUGCCACUUUGACGUCACUUCUAUUUAGAUGGUACGGGUUCAGAUACCUGGGUGUAGUAUUGACUGCCUGUAUGUCAUGACUUAGGGUGCAGGUUCUAAUACCGGCGUAUAGUACGGUGUUCCGUUAGGCCAUCACUGCAUAUUUUGAGCUCGAAAUAACGAAAGACCGAUACUACGAUGAUGAAAAGUCGAAAUAACGAAACUAUGAUGAUGAAAAGUCAAAAUCACAAUGAUGAAAACACGAAAUGACGAUGUUGAAAUGUCGAAACUACUAUGGUGAAUAGUCGAAAUUAUUUCGUAUUUUCAUCAUCGUACUUUCGACUUUUCACCAUCGUACUGUCGAUUUUUCACCGCAGUAGUAUCGCCUUUCUGUCGCCCAUGCGCACUGAUCUGAUUAUGGUCAAAACGUGAUAAACCAUGGCAACUGAAUUUCUGAGAAACUAAUGACGAAUUUGACAGAUGAAAAUAACUGUUAUUGCUGUUAUUUCUACCUUCCCGUUCGAUUUUCUUGAAAAAAAAAUAAGGCUUUUCUAUAUUGUAGCUAACAAAUUAUGAAUUAAAACAAUAAAGAACUAACUGUUGAUUUGCUGUUUUUUCUAUCCAUGUCCUGAAAGAAUUUCUAUUGUUUCGGUCAUCUGAUACCGAUAAGGUAAAUUAUUCGACUUUUCACCAUUGUAGUUGCAGUUUCAUAUUUUCACCAUCGUGUUUCGAUUUUUCACCAUUGUAGUUUUGUUAUUUCGACUUUUAACAUUGUAGUAUCGUACUUUUGUUUCUAGCUGUGGCGAUGACCCUAACGGGACACCGUACUAUACCCAUGUAUUUGAACCGGCACACUCGAACGGUACACCGUAGUAUGGUAUUGACUGCCUCUUUGUUAUCAAGGUUUCGAAAUAUUUUAUGAAUGGCACAUCAAGUUUACUGGGUAUGUAACUAUAUCUUCAACUGUGCACAGAACAAUGAAUUGUCGCGUGACGUCAUGCACAUUUAUACAUUUUGUCGGUUGUGUACCUUCGACAACCUUCCUUUUUAUCAAGGACAUUAUGUUAUAUAUGUAAUAUUUGAAUUUAUUUUAUGUUUUUCGGUGGUUUAUCGAAAUAUAACGGUGAAUUAUAUCCUGAUAAACUCACUGGCCACUCAGUGAAAAUUAUCAAAUCUGAUACCCGGAUUAACGUCAAAAAGUUUACCGAGCGUACUGAAAGCCGAAAACAAUAUGACGAUUGAACGUUAAAAUGACGUCAUCUUUGCGAUGCUUCCUGAUAAAAUUUCCCGCAAAUUUCGACACUUUAUUGAAAUAAACACAACAAAAGUAGAGUUUUAGACAUAAAAUAAACAGAAAAAUUGUUGGUAUCGAUGUAAUAUCACGGUAAUUUCACUCGUGAACACCAAAAAUUGUUAUUUUCACUCGUGGCUGCGCCACUCGUGAAAAUAUCACUUUUGGUGCCCACUCGAUGAAAUUAUAACGUGAUAUUACACCGAAACCAACAAUUAUCCUCUAUAUAUUUAUGAUAUUUUACUUCACGCAAAUAUGUGUAUGAGCAAUACUUUUUGUUACAGUUAUGGAGUAAAUUGCAUUUAAUCAUAUCCACGGUUUCUUUACAUAAAACUAAAGAGAAUAAUAUAUAAAUACCUUCCAUCGAAUGUGUGACAUUGCCAUUUAAGAAAAUGUAUUUUAUUUUUUUUGUUCUGUAGGGUAAGAGAUUUUUGCUUCUAUCUUAAAACAUUCUUCUUAUUUCAUUCCAUUGUACUCAAGUAACGUCAGUCAUUACGUCAUAGUGUGUAUGAAUAAAUAUAUUCUUUUUUCUUCAACUGAUCAUAAAUAAACAUCAGUAACAUUUUGGAUGUACAUUUUCAAAAGGUCAUGAUCAUUAUCAGUGGCAGAAAAAGUCAGUGCAACUAUUAUUUGAUGCUUUUAUGCAAUAAUCAUACUGCUAAUGCUAAGUAUAUAAUCUAAUGUUAUAUUCAAAUACACCAAAAAACAUGUGCACGUUGCCAAAGUUUGACAUUAAUUUGUUACUUGUGUAAUUUUGAUUGUUACUUGUGAAUUGUUACUUAUAUAUUCAGGUUUUCAAUACGCAACUGAUUUUAUUUGUUUUUGAUAAUUUACAACUGGAAAUGAAUUAUUAGGCAUCGCUUUAUCCUGAAAGCAGUCGUUUGUUUAUCAUAAUUGUUAACGUGUUUUUUUCUUGAGGACUUAAAAUAUAUUUAAGUAAUUUUCAAGGUAGAAUGUCAAGGUGGAACGUCACCUGGCUAGGGAAUGUCCAAUAAAGCCCCCUUUGAUCCUUAUAGAGACAGCUGUUGGCCGCUAUAGAGACAGCUGUUGGCCGCCAAAACAAGUAGUCUUCCAUCCAAUAAAGCAUUGCGAUAUGCAGUUGUCACUUUUUCAUUUGGCCGCUUUUUAGAAAUAACAUGAAUACCUUAAAAUAUCGGUAACAUUAUCUAAACCUGAUGAUUUACGUAUUGAUGCAGCUUUACUUUUUAUACUGCAUUGUGUCACGUUCGUUUCAGUUGAAAACUGUUUCAGUAAUUUGUUAUUAAAUUUAUCAAGAUGAUCGACUGAUUAUGUCAACUAUGAAGAGAAAAAAGCUUAUGCUAUUUAUAAAAGCACUUGUUACUCUUUAAGGACGAGAGUCUCGUUACGAAACCCAUUUAAUAAUGAAAGGCACUUCAAGUAUUUCAUGCAAAAUGGACAUGUUCUUUUUAACUUCUUUCUGUUCCAUAUUGUUUAGCUGUUAAUUUCUCUAUGAUAUCUAAUAUUGCAAAAACUACUUGACAAAUCAUCUUGUCAUCUGAGACUGGUAAUUAGAAUCAUUUUGCUUCGUACUACAGGGCAGACAUACCGUGGGUAGUCGAAAUUAAGAAAGUCGUACAUAUAGUUAGGGAGAUGGUUGGGGCGACUGUGUAAGUUUCGAAGCUCGUAAGCAAGGUAUGUCCAUCUAUAAAAGAUAUGAAAAUAGUGGUGGAAGAUAUUGUAAAAACAAAUAGUGGUGAAAGAGGUUGUAAUAAACAAAUAGUGGGGAAAGAGAUUGUAAUAAACAAAUAGUGAUGGAUGAUGUUGUAAUAAACAAAUAGUGGGGAAAGAGGUUGUAAUAAACACGUCUCUUUUUAAAUAACGUUUCCAUGUGAGUCUUUCCGUUUGCUACACGGCGGGGUUAAUGUAAAAAGGUACCAAAUGCUAAUAAUUAAAUAAGGUUAUGGUACCUUUUUGUGUUAACCACGCGAAAUGCUUUAAUACCUAAUCAUGUAAAACACUUAUUGAGAAAAGUACUUGAAUGGACGUAGACAAGCUUGACAUUCCUGAUACUAAAAUGAAUUGUAAACUGUAUUUGUUUCUGAUCAUGUUCUCGCAACUGAUCAAAUAAAAAGCCUAGUUUGUUCCUGCCUAUUUUAGAUUUUCAUAAAUCACACGAAUCAUUGAGUAGAAGCAAAAACCAGUAUUCUGUCAAUUAAAUCAAUUCGCAUUGUUUAAUAAAGAACGUGCUUAAUCUGUUUGUGUCGUGGUGUAUUUGUUAAUGCAAAUGUUUUAUUAUUAUUUGAAAUCUAUAUAUGUGAGCAUUAUUAUUAUAAAAUAAAUGAAUUUCAAUGUA